CGGUGGUUGGAGGUUUGUAAUGGCAGCAAAGCGACUCGGGAGGUUGUGGUAUAUAGCCGAUAUACCACGUUUGAGGACUGUAUCCAGGCCACAGCCAUUAGCUGUGGUUUAUUAUACCACACAUCAACAUUUGCUGUACAAACAAGAGAGGAACAGAGGUUAUCAACUUAGGGAUCUUUUUGAUAUCCAACUAUUUUGAAUGCAAUUUAUGUGGACGCGCAUGUGUCCGCACCCUUACGUGUUGCAUUUUGGGAAAUGUGGUUUACCAUUUGAGGCGGAGCUCACUGAUGGUCAAACUCAAAACGACGUCUUUGGAUCGGUAGCUAGACAGUGGGACGAUAUAAUAGAACACACAUUGUCAGUGAAAUGUCGGUUGCGGAAUAUAAAGUUAGUAAAACCUGAAGAUUGAGGAACAAUUUGACUAACCGGCAUAAUGAGCUUACCUAUGGAGAAAAAAAACGACAUGGUAGCAAGUCGAAGUAAUCAAUGAACGCUUCCUGAAGUCGACGAAUCACCUCAUGACAUUGAACUGUUUUUUUGGGUCAUUGGAUAUGGACGGUUACAGUACAACUGCUAAAUCGAAGCUGAAAGGAAAAUAUUUGAUUUCUGGUCCGUGACUCGAAGUGAACUUGUGGUUCGCGUGCGGGUUGGUACAAUGCUGUGUUUUUUUCGUGAGCUGUUCCAUUCAUGCAACAAUUUAUAUAGCCAAUCUAAUAUAGCGAUAUUGUUUUUGUUGAAAUGCAUUAUAGUAUAACUAGUUUCUACAUGAUGAUACUAGCCUGAGCGUUUAUUUCCCCAAAUGCCUUUAAUGAGGACGUUCGACUUAGCUAGCUAGUUCCAUGAGAAAAAGUAACUAAGCUAUUUUACGUUGUCGUUAACGUUAGCAGGAAUACUGACUGCCGUAUUAAGCUGGCUUGUGUCUUGUGAUGGUCACACUUGGCGAUGUUGGCUUCUAGACAACAGUAGUUACUGUACAGUACUUACGAAAACACUAGUGACUGUGCCAAAUCGACAUUCCGGGUUCGAACCGCCGGGUUAUAACGUCAUAUUUUUUUUUUUAUUAGAUAGCAUGAAACCAGUGAAUAACCCAGCGAUCUAAUAUAAAUGUUUUUCUGAUAUUCGCGUUUUUAUUUGGUCGAAGUCAUUAUUGCUCCCAUUUUGCCACGAUGUUCAAGCUCUGUCUUCGGAGAGUUCUGCGGCCAACCGUCUCAACCAGAGCACUGGCCGAAAGUUUCACGGUGGAAAAGACUGUCAAUGUGUUCCACGUGCGGCGCUGUUUGCUGGGUACGCAUGUACGCAACGAGCCGCGGGAGCCCCUUAACUCACCCCAAAGAGCUAAAGAAUUUAUCUACAGCCUCCACGCCAAAGAAAGAACAUGUUUACUCAGAGAACUGCAAAGCUUUGAGUCCAUGGCCAUAGCUCAAGAGACACAAGAGACUUCACCGCUUACGCGAGCUCAGAUCAAAUACGUGCUUCUACACAAUGCGAUCCCCUUUAUUGGUUUUGGAUUCUUGGACAAUGCCAUCAUGAUUGCAGCAGGAACCCAGAUUGAAUUAUCCAUAGGAGUCACCUUUGGAAUAUCAACCAUGGCAGCUGCAGCUCUUGGAAACCUGGUGUCAGACCUUGCUGGACUGGGUCUAGCGGGAUAUGUGGAGGCCCUGGCCUCACGGCUGGGGAUGCAGGUGCCUGACCUGACCCCGAAGCAGGUAGACAUGUGGCAGACCAGGGUCAGCUCCCACAUGGGAAAAGGCAUUGGAGUCACAAUUGGAUGCAUUCUUGGGAUGUUCCCCUUGUUCUUCCUAGGCGAUGAGGAGGAGGAGGAGAGCAAGAGAAAGGAAACAAAAAGCAACUCUGUAGAUUCUUAACAGCAUGUGUAACGUCUCUAUGGUCUCAGGUUUAAUAGCGUCAAGCAUCAUCAAACUGAUUUAAAGCUGAGAUCUGCAUAAGGUGAAACCGCACCACAGUCGUUGGAGGCAAAGGUUAUUUUCUGGCAAUUAUGACAUAGUACAUACUCUGUGGUCAUCACGCAUGCAGUGAUGUCAGAAGUGAAAAAACAUUUUUGAAGUUAACGUCAUUGACGCAAACCCACGUGGCUGCAUUUACAGCGGAUGCCAGCUGUCAGAUAUCUGACUCUGAGAUAUUCUGUUUCAUAGUCUGGAGGUUAAUUAUAAGAAUCACUAGGCCUUAUAACACCUCGCAACUGGUAUCUCAAGUUGGCUCUGAUUGAAGGAAUUUCUGUUUGAAAUGUCAGUUGUUGCACUAAUUUCGAAAAUAUAGGAUAUAUUCAAAAGAUGGAUCUUUCUGUUAAGGUUUUAUUUGUACUUGCUGUUUGCUGUUUUAACCAUUCAACUUUUGAUUUUGUUUAACAAUGUAAAGGGUUUUUUAGCAGUACCUCAAACCCAGUUUUUCAGAGGCAUGAUUACAAUUACAAUCUCUACUAUACGCACGAUACACUUACUAGGCAUCAUCUCUUGCGUUCCUUGCAUGUCUGAGUCUUAGGAAGCCUAUCCAAAAAGUUGAUCGAUUUUCCCAUUGCCUUGAUUUAUUUUAGCAAAGUUAAUUUUCCCAGUCCAUACCAUGAAGUGCCUCACUUUAUUUUCCGUUCACUCUGAUCAAAUGUCUCUUUGAUGUUUUUAAAACAAGCACAAGUGGUUUUCCUUUGUGUUGACGUAUUUCACUUUGAAAUGAUUAUUUUUGUUUUGAAGAAAUUAAGGAAAGAAAUAGGUUAGUGAUGUCAGCUGAUCAAUAAAGAGUAGAACUACACACUUAAUACUCUAAAUGGUUAGAUUUAUGUGCACAAAAGAAAAGCAAUAUAAUGUUUCUAUAAUUGCAGUUACUGCAACUAUUAUUCAGUUACCAAUAUUAUGAAUUUAGGAUAGUAAUUGAUUUUGUUUCUGAUAGACCACCUUUUAUUGUAUUGGGGUGUUUGUUUAUGAUUUUUUAAUUUUUACCUCUUCUGAUUUUUCAUCAAAACCGUAACUGCAUGAUUGAAAAUCUUACUAGUUGUCCAACUGCAGAACUUUCUCCUAAACUGAGAUGAAUUUUCAUAAUGGUCUAUAUUAUUUUAUCUACGACUGCCAAAUGCAAAGGACAUGGGUGUGACAAAUGGAAAAAAGGCAUCUUUGUGUUACAAGUGUGUUGAUAAUUAUGGUCUAAGUAAAUGAAAGUUAUUUUCUCAUUUUUGCCAUUUAGUCUUGAUCUCACUCCUGCAGUAGUUGCUAAGUUUUUAUAUACCUCUCCUGCCCUCUGGUGGACAAACAAUAUUCUUUGUCCACCAGGGGGCAGGUUAAUCCCACCACUACUAUACGUCCUGAUGUCCACUCUUGCCUUGCUGAUUGUACCUUUUGUUAAGGGGUUUGCUGGGUACUCAUUUUCGCAUCAAUGCAGCCUUCAGCUGCUUUAAUGUGACAAAGGCCAUAUGCUUCAUCUGGUCUGUCCUCUUUGCUGUUUGUCUAAAUACUUUGUUUCAAAUCCAGAACCUUCUGUCGAACCGUCAGCCACUGUUCCUAAGGAUUUUAGCUCUAAGAUUAUUAUAAUAAUUUUUUGCUCUUUAUUUUUCUCCCUGUAUCUUCAUUGGAGUUCUAUUAAUAACUCCAUCCUCAACAGUUUCUCUCUCAGGCAUGCUAAUUUAGUUCUUAAUUAUCUUUUGGUCAUCGGUUUUUCCCAUUAAAUACAUUUUGUGGGAACCACCAUGGCGUUGCUAUCUGACUACCUUCUCUGCUCUUGGUCCACCAUGAUGGUUUAGUCCUCUCCCAUCAUGGCGUCCAUCUCCCCUCAUCUCUUUCCUUCUCUAUGGAUCACCAUGAAUGAACAUGCUAGAGUCUCCUGCAAAUUAGACAACUAUAACUGGAGUAUGACUUGACACCCUUCCUCACUACCACAUGAAUGACAGCUACAUAAAAUGUAUCCGUGUCGCUGUGUUCAGAUGUUUUGUAUAUUAAAUGUAUAAUUCUGCACACUGAUGACUGCCGUGGAAUAAAAAUGGGGUAAAAUGAC